UCGGAAGAUGUUUCAUCACGAGUACGAGAAGCGACUGUUAAAGUCGAGUAGCGAGAGCCACAUAGAUAAUCUCGCAACUCCUGCCUAUUAUACGCCUGUAUAUUUUUCACCAACAAAAAUGACAAACAAUAGUUUCGAUCGAUUUAUACCGACAAGGUCUGGUAACAACUGGCAAACAACCUUCUCAAUGAUUUCUGAAAGCGGCCGAAGUGGUCUUGCGACAAAGAAGACCCGUGAAAAUGGUGAAGGCAGUCGAGACGGUAUAGCUUAUUCGUGUCUCUUGAAAAAUGAGCUUCUAGGUGCUAGUAUAGAAGAUGUAAAGGGUCAGUGCGAGGAACGAAGAAUACUAUCGCCUCUUAUGUCGAAAAACUUGUUUAAAUUUACUACACCCACGAAAGAUCAUACACUCUUGGAUCAAAGUUCGCCUUACUCUCUUUCUCCUUUAAGUGCUAAAAGUCAAAAGUUAUUACGAUCUCCGAGAAAAGCAACUAGAAAAAUUUCAAGAAUACCUUUUAAAGUACUUGAUGCUCCGGAAUUGCAAGACGAUUUUUAUUUGAACUUAGUGGAUUGGUCUUCACAAAAUGUCCUUAGCGUUGGCUUAGGCAGUUGUGUGUACUUGUGGUCUGCUUGUACCAGUCAAGUAACCAGAUUAUGUGACUUAUCCAGCGAUGGAAAUAGCGUCACUUCUGUAGCCUGGAACGAAAGAGGAAAUUUAGUUGCAGUAGGAACGCAUUUAGGGUACAUUCAAGUAUGGGAUGUGGCUGUAAACAAGCAAGUAAGCAAAUUGCAUGGUCAUAGUGCCAGAGUCGGUGCUUUGGCAUGGAAUGGAGAAGUUCUGUCUUCUGGUAGUAGAGACAGAUUGAUAUUACAAAGAGAUGUACGAACUCCUUGUGUCGUGAGUGAACGACGUUUGGGAGCUCACAGACAAGAAGUUUGUGGCUUAAAAUGGUCUCCAGAUAAUCAGUACUUGGCCUCCGGUGGAAAUGACAAUCGUCUUUAUGUUUGGAAUUUACAUUCCUUAUCACCAAUACAAACUUAUACAGAGCAUUUGGCUGCUGUUAAGGCGAUCGCGUGGUCUCCUCAUCAUCAUGGCUUACUGGCUUCAGGUGGUGGUACAGCAGAUAGAUGUAUCAGAUUUUGGAAUACAUUAACUGGUCAACCUAUGCAAUGUGUUGAUACUGGAUCUCAAGUUUGUAACUUAGCUUGGAGUAAACAUAGUUCAGAACUAGUCAGUACACAUGGCUAUUCCCAAAAUCAAAUAUUAGUUUGGAAAUAUCCAAGUUUAACACAAGUUGCAAAAUUAACAGGACAUUCUUAUAGAGUUUUGUAUUUAGCCAUGUCACCUGAUGGUGAAGCCAUUGUAACAGGUGCUGGAGAUGAAACUCUACGUUUUUGGAAUGUGUUCAGUAAAGCACGCAGUCAGAAAGAAAAUAAGUCUGUACUAAAUUUAUUCACAAGCAUUCGGUAAAUUUAAAUUUGGUAAAUUAUCAUAAAAAUUUAUUAUUUUAUGUAUUGUACAUACAUAUAUUGCAUAUACGAUUAUAGUAUUCUAAAAGAAUCAUGAUAUAUAAAACAUAUAUAGUCGUAGACUAUAAAUAUUUAGGUUUGUAGAUAAGACUAUUCAGCUGGUGGUUGUAGUAUAAGUUCAUAAAUGCACAGCCUGCAAUAAAAUGAGUCUUGUGUGCAAUAUGUCACUACUUUGGUAGGGACUAGGUAUACCCUUAUAAGGAAAUAUGCACGAAUUUUUUUGUCUUUUUGUUUCUCUAUUUCAUACAAAACAAUUUUUUUUAUAGAUGUGCUAUAUUCCAUCAUUGUAUUAAUGUUAAUUAUUUUUUUCUUUUUUUACUGAACUUUUUUUUUUGGAUAUAUAUUGUACUAAGUAUGUAAUUAUUAUUCAUUGUUUAAUAAUAUUUCGAUCCAUCAGGAUAUUUUAACAAUAUAGUAAAUAUUUUCCGAUUUUUAUUAAUCACAUAAAUAACAAUUACAAUUCUCAAGCAAUUAUAUAUUGUCCAGAAGAAUUCCUUUAAAGGGUGUAUUAAUAUUUUCAUAAUUUUUCAAAAUAUGUGCUGUGUCUGCUCAAAUAUUCGCAGGCUGAUGAUCAGACCAUUAAAGUAUAUAUAUAUAUUCUAAAAAAAAAAAAAACUUUUUUUCUUUAUUGUUACAAAUAUACUUUGGUUUUUCAUUGAUAAUUAAUAAAUAACUGUGUCAUAUAAAUCAGAUAUUACAUACAUUUUACUUUCUUAAAUCAUUUAUAGUAACUUAUGCUUUACAAUCAGCAAGUUGUACAAAUUUGAGUGGAAAUGCGACUUAUAAAAUAAAUUACUAAUUUAUAAUAUUACAAGAAAAUAAUAUAUUGUAAUAACAUGUUUGUCUCUGCAUUCAGAGGAGAUCGAAAGUGGAAAUAUACAUAGAAACUAUAGGAAAUAUUACAAGAACAACAACAAAAAAUGUAAAAUCUUAUAUUAUCAUGUUAAGUCAAAAACUCAUGUCUGCAAUUAAGUUUAUAGACAUUAUUUAUAGACAUAAAAAAAAAGAGUAUAUCAUUUAAUUAAUUCUGGAUUAUCAUAUUUUUAUAAAAAAAAAAAAAAGUUUUUUUUUUUUUUAAAUAACUUUCUUCUGCUAAGAUAACAUAUUUUUUGUAUACAUUUUUCAUACACAAAAUUGUUACUUAAAUUUAUUUAAAAUUUAAGUGAUAUAAUGUUAUUAAUGUUACAGACAUGAAUUUUUUCUAGUAAAGGGUAAAUGGGAAAUAAUAUGUAUACUCUAUUUUUUAAUACACUACUUUAUCCCAGAAACUAUAAGAUGCAUGUAGAAAAUCAAUAAAAUGAAUUUUGAAAUCACAAUUGUAAGUUUGGCGAUUUAUAUUUUUUAUUAUAGUAUAAACAAGAGGAUUUUAUCAUAUAGUAUAUAUAAAAAUGUAUACAAAAUUUGAUUUCUUAUAUGUAUUUUGAAAUAAUAAUUUAUGAUAAAAUUAAACAUUACAACUUUAUGCUUUUUCUAACAUUGAACUUUGCAUGUGGAGUUCAAAAUAUUCAGCAAAAUAGAGCAGUAUAUAUGUAUUUGCACUGCUAUCUACAUGCUUACAGAUAAAUAGAUGCUUGCAUUAUUCUUUACAUUUUAUAUUACAUAUCAAUGUGUUGAUAUUUUAAUGAUAUAAAAUUUAAUACCAUUAUGAAAAAUUAUAUGCAAUAAUAUGCAAUUUAUUUUAUAAAGUACAUAAUUUGUUUCUUUUAGUAUCCCAAAACAUGUUAUUGAUCUUUUAAAUAUUGUGCUCUUAAAAUUUCUAAUCCAUAAUUAACAAUAAAUUAGAAAAAAAUAUAUAAUUGGUUAAUCUUCUUCAGAAUAAAAAGUUGCAGCAUAUAAUGCACAUAAUUCAAUAUUUUAAAAAUAAGCAUAAGUAAUUUGAUAUAUACCUAUACAUACAGACUUAUACAUUUUUCUAGUUUACAAUAUAAAAUGUUAAUAUUUCAAAAUUAUACUGUUUAUUUACACCACUAAUCAUGAACUAUCUUAGUUUUUGGCAAGCCAAUAAGAUGAUCUGAUUUUUAUAUAAAAUUAAAUUUGCUACAAAUUCAUAUAACCAUAGUAUGAUAUAUAUAAUAGAUUUAAAAAAUCAUUAUAUAUUCAUUUUUUUUAUUAUAAUAAUUUCAUUUGUAUAUAUCUUUACUUAUCCUAGAUUGCAAUACUCACAUUCCUAUCAAUAGAAGAUCAAAUAUAUAUAUAUACAUAUAUAUAUAUAUAUUUGUGUCACACAUGAAACUUAUUAUACAUACAUUUUUGGUUAUGUAUAUUUUUAAACAGCAUAUACGCAUAAAAAUCAUAAACGAAUAUAAAAUUUCUAUGCAUCAAUUUAUAGAAAUUUAUUAUUAUUAAUAAGUAAUCAUUUAAAAUAUUUAGAAUUUAAUAGCUGUAUUUAUGAACUUAAACAUUGCACGAAGCAAUGUUGUCUCAGAUUCAUAAUACGAUUUGAGAAUUCAAUUUACCUGAUCAUAAAGUGUUGGAGAAUAAACAAUAUAUAAUCAAUUUGCUAUAAUAAUUUUUUUAUAAGAAAGAAAAGGAUUAAGGGGAAAUUAUAUUUUUAAUGAUAGACUAUUAUUUUAGCCUAUAUAAAAAUAAUUAUAUCUACGAGUUACAUGUAUCAAUUUUAUAUACAUUAAAAUGUAAAAUAAUACUUAUAGUUCAAGUGUGUGCAUAUGAAUCUUAAUCAUAAAUUUUUUAAUAACUGAUAAUGUUUAAAACAAUUAAAUUUUAUGAUGACUAAAUAAUUAUAAUAAUAGUUUUCAACUAUGAUUUAUAUGAUAUAAAAUACUAUUGCAAAAAAACACAUGUAAUAUAUAUGGAACAUAUAUAUAUAUAUACAUUUAUCAAAUAAAUGUAAACAUAGUAACAAAAUAAUACGUGUGGAUCUGUUUUGGAAAAUAAUAUUUCUAUUUUGAUAGAAUACGUAUAUAUAGAAAGGUUCUGGUAGGUAUGCAUAUAGAAUGCUUUAAUAGUUCUUCAUAAUUCCAAGCAUUUUAUUUUUUAGUAUAUUAGUAUUCAAAUCUAACAAUUACAAUAAUAUGCAAUUCUUUGAUGACAAUAUAUCUAUAACCUAUGUUCGUUAAUAAACUAAAGAUUGUUAUAUUUAUCUAACAUAAUAAAUAAAAACUGUUUAAAUCAUUAAUAAUUGUAAAAAAUAUUUGUGUCUUGCCAAAUAUUUGGUAAUAAAAUUAAGUUAUGUUAUUUUGCAAUAAUAUAAGUAAUCCAUACACCAAUUUACAAUAAAGUACAAAAUACAUUUGUAUAAGUUUAUUAAGUGAUUAUAUAAUGAUUUCUGAGAAUAUCUUUUUUAUUGUCCUAUAUAACAUUUUGUACUUUUCCUGCAUAAGAAUUGCUCUAUAAAUAUUACAAAUGGAUUAUACAAUUAUGCUAGCAUUGAAAAUUUACAUUUAACAUCAGCUUAUUUUUGUGUAUGUGUAUAACAAUAAAGAUAUGUUAAAAUCAUGUAUGAAAAGUGAUUACUACAAUCCUUAUUCAAAUGAAACCCAUAAAUAUUAAGUUAUGAUAUGAAAAAUCAAUUUUUAUCAAAUGUUAAAAGAAUACAUAUACAUAGUAUUGUAUCUUGUUAUAUAAAAUAUUUAUUAAUUUAUUGAAAACAAAAUAAUUAUUUUAAGAUAUUCAAUUUAAAACACCUUUAAAUCAUAUGAGGAUCUACUCAAUAAAUUAAUAGAUUAGCAUUUUCUUCAGUGAUAUUUUUAUAUAAUAUAAUAUAAUGUAAAUGA